AUGGUAUCACGAGUGGGCAGUUUCUGUCUUUCUAACCGAUUAAGCUAUUCUUUUCUAAUUCAACGUGCUGCAUCAAUAUUAGCAUGCAAUAAUAGCGAGAAAAUAUUUCGCGAUAAUGGAAUGACAGACAUGUUACUAAAUCAUUAUCGAUAUGCUACGGAAAUACGUUACCGUAAACCUGUGAAAACGACAACAGCAAAUCCCAUCCCAUCGGAAAACGAAAAAGAACGUCAACCAAAUAGAAAGUUACGCCAGAAUAGAGUACGGACAAAAAAAGCUGCAUCUAAACCAGGUGCUAGUUUAUCUAAUGUUGAUCUGAAUACGAUUUACGAUCGUUUUGAUCCACUACGUGAACAAAUUACAAGUGAUCCAGCAUUUCUUGAUCAAUUAGCUACAAUGAAAAAUCCAUUGCAACGCAUCGUUUCACUGAAAGACAAUGAUAUUCGAUUUAGUUCACGUAUAAUGAAAGCAAAAAAUCGUUUUGAUCGUUAUAAAAAAGCCUUCGUUCUCCUGGAAGGAAAACGUUUGGUUGCCGAUGCGAUACAAGCAGGCGGUGAAUUAUUAUCCGUUUAUGUUACAGAUAAAAAAAUAUUAGAUGCAAUCGACUUUUCUCAAACAAAUUUACAAUUUGAUGUUUACAAAGUAUCGACAACAGCAUUUAAAACAUGGUCAGAUGUACAAACAAAUCAAGGUAUUAUGGCGCUAUUUACAAUGCCAAAACCAGGCGAAACACCAUUUCAACAACGGAUUGAACUACCAAUUACCGUUAUUUGUGAUAAUGUGCGAGAUCCGGGAAAUAUGGGAACAAUAAUAAGAACAUGUGCGUCUGUUGGAUGUGAUAGGCUGAUCGCAACGAAAGGUUGCGUUGACAUUUGGGAUCCUAAAGUGAUACGGUCGGGUAUGGGUGCACAUUUUCGUUUGCCAAUGGUAAAUGAAAUUGGUUGGGAAACAUUAGUGAAUUAUAUACCUAAUACAAGUCAAAUCUAUUUGGCUGAUCACAAAUAUUCAAUGGAUCCGCCAGAACUGCAAUCAUCAUCAUCUGACACAAAAUCAAAGGAUGAAGCCGCUGCAAAAUCAUUAUUUAAAGAAAUGAUAGAUAAACAAAUUAAAGAUCGAAAACGUGAUGGACGUAACACAGUCGAUAAUAAACGAAUGAAAAUAGAAGAUCGUUCAUAUAUGAAGCAAGAUAAUCGAUAUUUGCCAUUAUACAGGGAUGUACCAAUUGAAUAUCUUCCAUUAUGGGAAGCAUUCAAUAAAACAAAAUCAUCUGAUCAUACGACAAUUAUAAUUGGAGGAGAAACAGAAGGCAUCAGUAAUCAAGCUAGAAAAUUAACCAUUGAACAUUCGGGGAAAAUGGUAUACAUACCAUUACUGAAUGAUGUUGAUUCUCUGAAUGUUGGUAUUGCUCUGAGUGUUGUAUUGUUUGAAGUAAGAAAAUACUAUGAAGAUAUUGCUCAAAAACCAUUUACGGAAGGUAUCAUUCAACAACAAGAUGCUGGCAUAGCUAAACGUUUUAUUGCACAUGCGCCGCCAGGAGAAUUUAACGAAGUAUUUAAUGAUGUUCGUACAUUGUUAAAUGAUGAUAAUCUUGUUCGAAAGUCUGUUUCUAAAGCAUUUGCUGAAUAUAAUAAAGAUCAAUAUAUUCCAACAAAAAUUCAGAAUAGUGAUGAAGAAUGUCUAAUAACAGAAGUGACUGAUCAAGGUGAUGGAAGAUUUUUUGAUCCGAGAACAAGACAAACAUUCAAAUUUGAUCAUUUACGUCGUGAAGCGUCCGAAUAUCAACCACAUCAACCGGAUGAACAAUCGGAACCGUGGCGUGUAGCAUUUGAAAAAGAAUUAACAGAUUAUGUUAAAGAACGUUAUCCAUAUGGUGCAUGUACAAUUGUUGGCGCAAGUGAUGGUGAUACAAUAUCGUUAACUGCAUUUAUCGAAAGUCAUAAAUAUGAACCAAAAAAUUUUUGGAACGGUCGUUGGAGAUCAAAUUGGUCAAUCAGUUUUAGCAAAGGACAAUCAGAAUGCGAGUUUAAAGGACUGGUUAAAGCUCAAGUUCAUUAUUAUGAAGAUGGUAAUGUUCAGUUAGUUAGCAGUAAAGAUUUCAGUGAAUCAAUUAGUAUACAGGAUGAACAUACAACAACUAAAGAAAUGAUUAGAAUUAUAAAACAAGCCGAGGAUAAUUAUCAACAAGCUGUUAAUGAAAAUUAUCAAGCAAUGUCGGAGUCAACUUUUAAAGCACUUCGUCGACAAUUACCAAUAACAAAGGCUAAAAUUGAUUGGACUAAAAUAACAGCGUACAAAAUUGGCACUGAAUUGAGCGGACAAAAAAGUUUUGAAUAA